CAGAAAACUUACACAUCGCAAUCAUUCAAUCAUAAUGUUUCGUUUGGUUUUGUUACUGACUUUUUUGCUAGUUAUAUCGGCAAACGCAAAAAAAUACACCAUGGUUGAAGAUGAGAAAUUUGAAGAAGAGUGUAAUUGCAACGGUGAGUUUUGCAUUGACAGCGACAAUUGUGAUUCACAAACCAAAUGUAAGCUAAUUUGUACGCUAAACUCAAUGCCAUAUAUGAUUGUGGGUAAAAAACGAUUCUAUUUUGGCAUAUUAGAAAAGAAAAAUUGGUAUAUGGCAUCAAAGUUUUGUCGCUCCCGUGGAAUGGAUUUGGCGCAAAUCGGCUCAGAAGACGAACAACAAGCAAUCGAAAAUGCAUGCAGCGAGCGAUUAUGGAUUGGUGGAACUGAUAUGGGUGAUAAGCAAUCUAAUUAUUUCUGGACAGCAAACGGAUGUGAUUUCAAGGAUGGAUUCACAAAUUGGGACAGUCACGAACCAAACAAUGGCUAUCCAUAUCCAUCCGGGCGAGAGCAUUGCACCGAAAUAAAUAGAAAUGGCAAAUGGAAUGACCAGGAUUGUUUAGUUGAAAUUUAUUUUGUGUGUCAGAAAAAUGAUUUUUAAUCUAUUUAUAUU